GGGGAUGUAUCAUUUUAAUCAGAAAUUUGCGCGCUACAAUCCUGCAUUAUUAAGAAAGGCUUGGGUUAUUUUUUGGGAUUUCUGAAAAACUGGUUUUCCAGAAGACUGGAUCUUCGAAGAACUAUGAGCCAGUCCCAUGAUCAUAUUCGGAAUCAGCAUUGUCGAUAACGUAUAACUCGCUAGAUGUCGAUCAAAAAGCUUUUAAUCACCUCGAAAGGUUCCCUCGUAAGUUCAUUCACUAAUUCGGACAACUGAUUGUUUUUCACAUUGAAGUCAGUAUCUUUGAGACUCAGAUCUUUCACGUGCGUUCCCCAGUUCUAUACGGUCUAAAAUCAAGGGACCAAACCGACGCGACGACCGACUGUUUCAAAACGCUCUAGACACUGUUAUAAAAUCCGCACAAAAGCUUCCAGUUAUCAAAAAAUUUAGUACCGGAGAGAAGCCGACGAAAGCACGCUCGUUCUUUACAAACUUUGUAGGCGAACAAGAAUUUGGAAAGGUUAGUUUUUUGAUCGAAAAUGCGUAAACGUAAGAGGGCUCUUGGUGUGGGCUAAAAAUCUUCCUAUACCGUACCACACCGAGCAGUCCGUCGGGUCAGUUCCAUCUGUAUGGCAUUCGUGCACUAAUUAGCAGUAAUUAGAAAUCGAACGUAGUUGGAAACGUAAAAUUUUUAAAUAGGACGUAAACUUAAAUAAUAAAAUUUAUCUUUUUGCAUGUCCAGACUCCAUAUAAAAGCUGUGAACCAUGUAGAAUCAGUUCUGUGUAAUGCUGCUUGCCAAUUUUGUAAUUCGUUUUUGUGAUAGAGCCGAAAUCCGAUGUAUGACUAAUUGGUAGAAUAAAAUCUGGAAGAAAGAGAUCAAAGUGAGCUGACGAAAAAAUGUUGGCCUCUUAGAAAGCAACCUUUUGUGAAACAGUGGGCUUUGUAAUGGAAAUACACAUUGUCAGAGCCGAGCUUUUUAGCGUAGCUAUUGCUAAUUACUAUGGAGACUAGUAAAACUGUAACACUAAUUCUGAUGUUGCUAUUUUUCUUAGAAAUAGCAGUUCCCUCACGGUUUCAACUAUUACGUGCACUUUUACAAAAAGUGAUUCUUUAUAUUAGAAGUUUUAAUAUUUGCAAUCACUGUGCCCCAACAACAGAUCCGCAUGAACACAAGAAUGAACGGAUUACAACAUAUCUGUCUAUUUUUCUGUUAGUCUCAUCACUCUGUAUUCUUAUUAUCUAUACAGCAGAAAAAUCAAUAACAGUAACAAGAACUGUGCAAAAUCCUACCAUUGAUGUGUAUACGAAACUCUAUCCACUUUACAAUGACACAUUACAAUGUCCUUGCACCCAAGCAACGAUUAAAUACAAAGAUUUUAUUCAACUGAAUGUGUCUUAUCACCGUAUUUGUCAAAGUGAUUUUGUUCAGAACAGCUGGUUUCAAUAUAUUUAUAGUACAUCGACAAAUGUGAUCAAUAAUGGAUCGACUGACUUUCUGUACCAAUUUGAACUAUUAGGCACUCUGUGCGAAUUAACGAACGAUGCUGUUAUCAAUUCAUUUGCACUGCUUAGCAACACUUUCUUUGUUACGACUUUUGUUAAUCCGGAAACAGUACUUAAUUUAACAGUUAACGCCGCGAUGGACACAUUUCGAAAGACCACAAAUAACUCAUUUCAAAAUUUUCUAAGUUUAGUACAGGGAAUAACGCAUGGUAAUCAGUUUUUAUCAGGGCUACUAACAAAUUCUUAUAUAUAUGACGGUGUUAUAUACAGUGAGGUAUACAACGACAGUAUAUGCCAAGUAGAUUCUACAACCAUAGUUCCAGCUAUUAUUCCUGGCUUAAUGGACGGAUGUUAUAUUCUCGAUUCAUUACUACAGUCAGAUUUGAGAUGUUUUUAUGAUCAAGAGUGUUUUGCUGAUUUGCAACUUCGUCUUUUUAAUUCAACCAAUUUCACUGCAAACUUUACCAUCCUCGAUUCAACAUUUCCAAGUCAAUAUUUGCCGAAUACAAGUAUUGAUAGUAUAUUAAAAAAUCUGAUGAUUGAGAAUUGGAGUAUUAACGAAAAUUAUUAUGAUCUUUACUAUAAGCAGUGUAAUGUGCAAAAAUGUAUCUACACAUAUCAAUCAUCCAAUGAUCUUGUUUACAUGAUUAUAACCGUGCUUGGACUCAUUGGUGGGCUCGUUACAGUUCUAAAAGUACUUUUAUUGGCUGUAGUUCGAUUUAUACGAAAGAAGAAGACUGCAACCGUUGCAGAGAAAAUUACAUUACAAAUCCGAAUACGACAACUUUCUUGGAAAAUGAACAGGUGCAUAACAAACUUCAAUUUAUUUGUAUCUGGCCCUACUGAUGUACAUGAACAAAAUAAUGAAUUAAUUUCAACACGUGUAUUUCUUGUUGCAUUAGCAUUAUCCCUCUCUAUUCUUAUUAUCUAUACAGCAGAAACGGUAGUUACAAUAAUGAAGCCUGUUCAAAACCCAAGUUUUGAUCGUUAUAAAAAUCUUCUUUUGAAAUAUCCAGAUACAUUAAAAUGUCCUUGUACACCUGUAUCAAUCAAAUACAAGGGAUUCAUUCAAUUUAAUCCCAGUUACCACCCAGUGUGCUCUUCUGAUUUCAUACAAACUGAAUGGAUUGAAAAUAUCGCGCUUAUUUGUGACUCGUGUACACUUACUUUUAUUCAAGAUAUUUGUAAUACUGGACCUCCAUCGUUUGAUCUGUUAGCAACAUUAUGCCAGUUAGUACAAACGACGAGUGCUAAUUCACUUCUUAGUCUUAAUGAAAGUUAUUAUAUUACAGAUUAUGUACAGGCGGAAAAUUUAUUCAACAUAGCGACGAAUGCAUUCGUCAAUAAUUUUCAACGAUCAUUAGCAACUACAUUUAAUUUAUCAAUAAAAUAUUUGCAAGAAACAACUAAAGGUAAUCAAUUAAUGUCUGCAUUAGCGACAAAUUACUAUAUUAAUCUGUCUGAUAGUUCAGAUAGUUUAUUUCCAGUAUCUUAUAAUAAUUGUAAUUGUGCAUCAUUACAAUCAACAUGUCUUACAGAACAAAUAGGACACACGGAUACGCCGAUAAUUAAUUAUAAUACUCAUAGUUAUGAUUGCUACUAUCAACCAAAUUUUACAGUACCACACAUUUAUACUGGAUGCUAUGUGUUAGAUUCAUUAUUACAAUCUGAUUUAACAUGUUUCUAUGACCAAAGCUGCCUGAAUCAAUUACAAUCAUUCAUAAAUAUAACACUUAUGAAAAACUACGGACGAUCUACUGCUAUCAAUGUGACAGCUCUCAAAUGGUUGUCUUCGUCAAGUAAAUAUCCGCCGAAUAUGACUAUUGCUGAAAUAUUAAGCACGCUAAUGGUUGUACACUGGAAUCCAGAGAUUUCGUAUGAUGACUACUAUCAGCAAUGCAAUGUAACAGAAUGUACCUAUACCUAUCAACAACAACAUAAUUUACUUUAUAUGGUGACAACGAUCAUCGGUCUUAUCGGUGGAGUUGUAAAAGUAUUAAAAUUCCUUAUUCCAAUUCUUAUCAAAUUACUACGAAAUACAAUUAUUCCAUUCGUACACAGUUUGAGACGAAAGAAUCGAGCGAAAGCAACUCAAGUUUUACCGGUAGCUACUGUAACAAAUAAUCAACACACGGAAACACGACAUACUUUGCCAUAG